UUAACUAGUUGGCCAACCGCGUUGUUUUCCAAGUUGGAAGUUCAGUAUUUGCUAUCCUCUGAAGAAAAGAGUGAGUAAGACAGCGAAAGAGAGAGUUAAAGAUCGGAGGGGAAGAGGGGGUUCCCUUCUUGACUUUGUACCCUCUUCACAAUUAAAAGAAAAUGAUGGCCACGGAGGUCGGCAGUGAGGAGGCUGGUUCUGUUCCGGCGGGGACCGGGGUUCCAGGCGGCGGAGGCCCCGAUUCGGCCCAUUUUUCAUAUUAUUCCAAGUCGAGGGUGCGGGUCACCGAAUUGGGCCCAGCACCGACCCAAAACCUGCGCCACCCUUCGAACAGCUCCCCUGACCACUUCCACGACAUGCUAAUAUGCCCGGUCACCGGAGGGGAGCCCCUGGGAUCAGCUGUGUCUGCCGUUGGGAGUGGCAGCGGAGGACACAGCAUCGCUUUCGGGACAGCCACAGGAGCCGGGAGCGGAGGGUGCUGUUCCCCCACUUCAGAGGGACUGAGCAGCAGGAUGUCGCCCACCUCGAUGGGUCCGGACGGGCCCACCAGCUUUCCCCCACUGCCACCACCUCCACCACCGCCUCUCGCUUACGGGACGCUGGGCACGGUGGAUGAAAACGAUAUGUUGGACGGGCCGGAAUACGAGGAAGAGGAGGUCGCGUUUCCACUCACCGCACCGCCCACAAACCAGUGGUACCAUGGGAAGCUGGACCGGACCAUGGCCGAGGAGCGUCUGCGGCAGGCCAGGACGCCGGGCAGCUACCUCAUCAGGGAGAGCGACCGCCGACCAGGCUCCUUCGUCCUGUCCUUCCUCAGCAUGACCAGCGUGGUCAACCACUUCAGGAUAAUUGCCAUGUGUGGAGACUAUUACAUUGGCGGGCGGCGUUUCUCCUCCUUGUCCGACUUGAUUGGCUAUUACAGCUACGUAUCGUGUUUGCUGAAGGGAGAAAAGCUGCUUUCACCAGUGGCCCCACCUGAGCCGGUGGAGGACAGACGGCGUGUCAGGGCCAUCCUCCCAUACACCAAAGUGCCAGAUACGGAUGAGAUCAGUUUCCUGAAAGGGGACAUGUUUAUUGUUCACAAUGAACUGGAGGAUGGCUGGAUGUGGGUGACGAAUGUUCGGACUGAGGAGCAGGGCCUUAUUGUAGUGGACCUGGUGGAGGAGGUGGGACGAGAAGAGGACCCGCACGAGGGCAAAGUCUGGUAUCACGGGAAGAUCAACAAGCAGGAAGCGUACAACCUCCUAAUGACAGUUGGUCAAGUAUGCAGUUUCCUGGUCAGGCCGUCGGACAACACGCCCGGGGACUACUCUCUCUUCUUCCGCACCAAUGAAAACAUCCAGAGGUUUAAAAUAUGCCCAACUCCUAAUAACCAGUACAUCAUGGGAGGGAGAUACUACAACAGUGUCGAUGACAUCAUUGAACAUUACAGAAAGGAGCAGAUCGUGGAGGGCUAUAACCUGAAAGAUCCGGUGUCAGUGCAGCAUCAGGAGCAAGUACUCUCCGACUUGGUGGAGGGCAAGGAAAUCUACAACACUAUUCGACGGAAGACCAAAGACGCCUUCUAUAAGAACAUAGUGAAGAAGGGCUACCUCCUGUUUAACAAAGGUAAAGGGAAGAGGUGGAAAAACCUUUACUUCAUCCUGGAGGGGAACGACGCCCAGCUGAUCUACUUCGAGAGCGAGAAGCGCGCCACCAAGCCCAAGGGGCUGAUUGACCUGAGCGUGUGUUCCGUCUACGGAGUGCACGAAAGUCUGUUUGGCAGGCCAAACUGUUUCCAGAUUGUGGUCCAGCACUUCAGCGAGGAGCAGUACAUCUUCUACUUCGCGGGCGAGACUCCCGAGCAGGCACAGGACUGGAUGAAAUGCCUGCAAACGUUCUGCAGUAAUCUGAGGAAGCCCACACAGCCCACCUCUAACAAGAGGCUUCGGCAGGUCAGCAGCUUGGUCCUUUACGUGGAGGAGGCACACAAACUGCCAGUGAAACAUUUCACCAAUCCCUAUUGUAAUAUCUACCUGAACAGCGUACAGGUGGCUAAGACUCACCCCAGGGAGGGCCAGAACCCCGUGUUCACAGAAGAGUUCAUCUUUGAUGACUUGUCAAGUGACAUCAACAGGUUUGAGAUCAGCCUGAGCAACAAGACAAAGAAGAGCAAAGAAAGUGAUAUCUUGUUCAUGCGCUGUCAGCUCAACCGUCUGCAGAAGGGGCAGCUGAUCGACGAGUGGUUCCCCCUCAGCUCACACAUCCCCCUGAAGGGAAUCGAACCCGGCACCCUCCGGGUCCGGGCGCGCUACUCCAUGGAGAAGAUUAUGCCGGAGGAGGAGUACAGCGAAUUCAAAGAGCUGGUCCUGCUGAAGGACUUCCAUGUGAUCUACGCGCUGGCCCAUGUGUGCGGGCAGGACCGCACCCUGCUGGCCAGCAUCCUGCUGAGAAUAUUCCGGCACGAGAGGGUGGAGGCGCCCCUCCUCAGGACACUAAACGACAAGGAAAUCAACAUGGAAGACGAAGCAACGACGCUCUUCCGGGCCACCACCCUGGCCAGCACGCUGAUGGAGCAGUACAUGAAGGCCACCGCCACCCCGUUCGUCCACCACGCCCUCAAGGACACCAUCCUGAAGAUCAUGGAGAGCAAGCAGUCCUGCGAGCUUAACCCUUCCAAACUGGAGAAGAACGAGGACGUGAACUUGAACCUGGCCCAUCUGCUGAACAUCCUGUCAGAGCUGGUGGAGAAGAUCUUCAUGGCUGCUGAGAUCCUUCCGCCGACCUUGAGGUUCAUCUAUGGAUGUUUACAGAAGUCAGUGCAACAGAAGUGGCCGACAAACACCACAAUGAGGACGAGAGUUGUAAGUGGCUUUGUCUUCUUGCGACUCAUUUGCCCAGCGAUCCUCAACCCAAGAAUGUUCAAUAUCAUCGCCGAUCCUCCUUCAUUAACAGCAGGCCGGACCCUCACUCUGGUUGCCAAGUCAGUCCAAAACCUGGCAAACCUGGUGGAGUUUGGAGCCAAGGAGCCAUACAUGGAAGGAGUGAAUCCAUUCAUCAAGAACAACAAACACCGCAUGAUCAUGUUCCUUGACGAGCUGGGGAACAUCCCUGACCUCCCAGACACUACAGAGGACUUUAGGACUGACCUGUCCCGGGACCUGGCUGCCUUGCAUGAGAUCUGCGGGAUGCAUUCAGAUGAGUUACGCACGCUUAGCAACGAGAGAGGAGCACAACAGCAUGUGUUGAAAAAGCUCCUGGCUAUCACAGAACUCCUUCAGCAGAAACAGGUUCACUAUGCCAUGUCCAACAGCAACAGGUAGUAGCCUUUCCAUGGAGUUGUGCAAGUCGGACCCAGCAUGCUUCACUUCCAUCACCAUGGCAACCCCAGCCAACCCCCCCCCCCCCCACCACAUCUCCUCCUCCUCCACCCUCCUUUUCUUCCUGUACACCUCUGCCAUGUUUGCCCGUCACCAUGUGAGCUAUGCAACAAGCAACAAAAUCAAAAAAAGGAAUCCCAGCAUCCUCGGCUCCUUGCCCCUGGGACCGCGAAGGCUGCACGCACAGGAAGCUCUUUUUCUGAGUGCACAUGUGAGCAUACGCACAGCCCUGUGACCUGGGUACUCUGCCUUCAGAGAGAGGUGGGAGGGGAAGGCUCAGUGCACCUAAGACUCGAGUGUUAUCAGCACAAGUUGCCAAAGUGUAUCCCUUUUGUCUCCUCGACAAGAGGAAGGUCGACAGACUCGAAGAAACCGCAGUGACCUUUUUCUUAUGACUGGAUUUUGAGCUGCAAUGCCUUUUAUACUGUAAUUUGUGACUGAUGUGCUAUAUGGUCAUGAGAAUGCAAAAAGUGCUGAAAGGUUAGUGUUUCUGUGUUUGAACUCUAAGGUAGGAAAAAGAGUUCUUGUGGAAACUGAUUAUUUUCACAUUGGGAAAUAAAUUCUCUUGCUGGAAUCAUGAGUAUAUAAAUUGAGACAAGUUGAUUUUUUGUUCAGUUGUACCACAUUUUUGUUUGAUUAUUUGGUUCAGUCUUCCUUGAAACUUCACAG